GCUAAGCUCAAUCAGCUAGUAGGGGUAGGGGACACCAAUUUCUUUCACGUUUAUUUACAUCACACUAUAAAAGAAAGUACCAGUCGACUUUUAAUAACUAAGCUCAAUCAGAGAGAGGGUCCUUUCGCUUUCGACUUGGCUUUCGUGUGGCAACGUCGUCAUUCGACAAGCCCAUCCAUCCAAAAUACAUCCCAAUAUCCCAUUCUUUCCCAUCACAACACCACAGCCAAUGACUAAAUAUCUGGGUCAAUUCCCAAAUCCGUCGCCUUUCCUCACUAAGCCAUACUCGAUCGUACCUGAGUUCUCGAUCCCGGACGAGCCGAAGCCCAAUAAACUGCACCUAAAAUCAUCAGCCGGUGUCCUACUUCUUGGUGCCCUCUGUUUGUUUGUCUCCGGAUUAGCCGAUCCGGAGCACGCCUGAUCCAGCACCACGCGUCAAAACCUUCUCUGAACUCUGCUGCUGCCAUGUAGGAUCGAGUCGUACUAACGACACAUGAAGUCGUCACAGCAUCUGGUCUUCGCGGAGGGACACGCAUGGUUGAACUGUGCCCCGUCGUUUACGUGUCGAAGAACGCCUCUGGAGUCCAGGAGACGACGAGGUCAGCCGGUGGCCAACCGGGGCGCCAUCGCCUGACCCACUUGCCCUAUCCGCCCGCCAGGGCCAGGCCAGUCUUUUUAGUUUCGUUUCGUGAGGCGAGCACGAAAUUCUUUGCCGCCUCCGAUCCGCGACAACUAGGCCGGCCUGGCCUGUCCUGUAACGGGAAUAACCGCCCGCGCAUAGGCCAUAGCCUACCUCGGCAGGGCAAGCCUAACGGCCACGGCAGCCUAAGCCUAGCCUGGCUCUGAUGCUGCCAUGUCGCGCCGGCCUCGUAUCGUAUCGGUGCUGCUCCUCCUGCUUGUUGGCCCCCUCCGCAUCAUCUCCUGCGUCCACGUAGGGACCGCCGACGGGCCCGUGACGGCGACGGUGCACCGGCAGGACGGCGGCACCGCGUGGCGCUCCUUCCAGCAGCUGCUGGACGCCCGCCGAGGCAGCCACGUCGCGGGCCUCGCCGAGCUCAAGCGCUACCUGGCGAGGUUCGGCUACAUGCCCAUGCCCGGGGCGGCGGCGGCGGCGGAGCGCGAGCCGACGGACGCGUUCGACGCGCACAUGGAGGCCGCCGUGCGGCGGUACCAGUCCAAGCUUAGCCUGCCGGUCACGGGGCAGCUCGACGCCACCACGCUGGACCGGAUCAUGGCGCCGCGCUGCGGCGUCGGCGACGACGUGCCGGUAUCCCUUUCGGGAUCGUCGACGGCGAGCCGGGACGGCGCGGCCGUCAGCCGGUUCACGUUCUUCAAGGGCGAGCCGCGGUGGACGCAGCCGGACCCGCUCGUGCUCUCGUACGCCAUCUCGCCGACCGCCACCGUCGACUACCUGCCUGCCGAGACCGUGCGCGCGGUGUUCCGGCGCGCGUUCGCGCGGUGGGCGCGGGUCAUCCCCGUGGGCUUCGUCGAGACCGACGACUACCAGGAGGCCGACAUCAGGGUGGGCUUCUACGUGGGCAGCCACGGCGACGGGAUCCCCUUCGACGGGCCGCUCGGCGUACUCGGCCAUGCCUUCUCCCCAAAGAACGGCCGCCUCCACCUCGACGCUGCGGAACGGUGGGCGGUCGACAUGGACACGGAAACGGUGCACUCGGCUGUCGACUUGGAGUCCGUGGCCACGCACGAGAUUGGCCACGUCCUCGGGCUGGGGCACUCGUCGUCACCAAAGGCGGUCAUGUACCCGAGCCUCAGCCCGCGGCAAAAGAAGGCGGAGCUCACCGUCGACGACAUCGAGGGCGUCCAGUGGCUGUAUGGGCCCAACCCGGGAUUCAGUCUCAGCUCGCUCUACCAGCAGGACUCCUCCAUGGGGUCGGCAAGGAGCAGUUGGCUUCCUGCCUCGGCUAGUUUAGUUUGUGCAGUCUUGGUCAUGCUAGUGACGCAGUUGUAGAUACACAGGUUUAUAAUACACAAAAAGGACAAGGACAGAAACAGAAUGAAAAAAAAAAGGUUAGGUACCAUGAUCCUGCUACAGGAGAGAAAACCUUCUCUUCUUGUGGGUUAUCUUCACAUUAGUUUUUGCACACAAAUUGUGUGGGAGAGACGUGUGUCUCUCUUCUUAGGUUUGUAUUUGCACAGUGAAGUUGUUACAGAAAUGGCCCAUGUAACUGUACAUAAUCUUAUAUAUCAGUCAAAAGUAUGGACAAGUGUUUAUAUCUA